AUGGGACUUGAAAUACAACCUGAUGUUUCUGAAGAAAAUGGUGUCAUCCAGCGGAGCGCACAUCGGAUGGCGGUAACCGUCUGUUUGGUCGACUUAUGUGAACGGACGGGAUUCAUCAUCGCUUGUACGUCAAAAAGGAAUCAUCGGCACCAUCGGCCUAUGUGGCAAGGGUCAACCCUUUUAACGCCUGAAGAGCAGCGCAAGCAGAAGGUUCAAAAUAUGGUUCCACAAGAGAAACCGAGGAGUUAUUCCUCAACGGAAAAUCUAAAUGGCAGGUCUGAAAGACGAAGAAUGCAGAACGAAAUUCCGACAACAUGCGCACAGUCGCUUCGGGCAAUAAUAUCAGCCUGCCGAUUAAGUCAAGAAAGUCAAUCGAUGCAGAACUCAGCUCAAAAAGAGACAGGAGAACUGUCACCGAGUCCUUUGAGCAUGGUCAAUAUUCCUAUGCUCAUGGUUGGGAACGGUUCAUCUGAAUCCCUGAAUGCCAUCCGUAAUCAUCAGUAUCUUGCGCAGUUAGCUCACCAUCAAUCUGAGCUAGCUCAAUAUAACUCGAAACAAAUGGAAUACCUCGAUCAGCAACGAAGGUACCAGCAAGCCAUGAUUGACCACCAAGCAGGAGCUUCUCUUCUUAUGCAGAAGCAGCAACAAGAAGUCAAUGAACAGUUAAGGCAAUUAAAACAGUCUAACGGAAGCAGUGAGAGCCUGGGUGCCGAUAACAAUGUCGGGGGAAGGAUUCUGGUGGAAACCGCUCGCGGUGUGAAAACUCAAAGGACGAUAGUUCCUAAUCGAAGUUUCUCUGAUGACGAAGUCAUCACCAGUGACAAACAUCUUAGGGAAUAUUUCACAGAAAAGUACGGGAUCGACUUAUCCACCGAAGCUAGUGAGCUCACUGCUGGAGAAAGAGGAACUCUACUGGCUCUCAAGAAAACUCUCGUGAAAAGCAAGGAUACAGCAGUCAAUCGAGGUGUUUUCAAGACUAUGGAUGAACUGAAGAGAAAGGCAAAGUAUAGCAACACUCCGAGAUCGUCAAAAACAACUUCAAGGCUGACUCUCAGCAGAGGUUGCAUUCGAUGCAUUUCUCAUGACCUAAAAAUGAUGGAAGGGGAGUGGACUCAGAUGUAUGGAAAUCCACAUGUUAUUCGAAAAUUGUUUGGGACCAUACGAAGCUUACAGAAUGCAGUUACAGCUAACGCGAACACAUCUAUAAUAUCAAAGACAACCUCCUGUAUUGGAUUUGAAUUGGGUCCCUAUGUUAAAGGAUCAGCCGAACUGAGCAUGUUUUACAGAGAUGACCCAGAAGACACCGAAUUGCAUGAGAUGCACGGCAACGUCUCAUCCGUUGAGAACAACAUUUUUAUAGUAAAUACGGAGAAAUUUCACAGAGAGAUGUGUCUUGUUAGGACGAGCCCAUGGGACUCAGGUCGGUACGAGUACGUUAUUUUUGCAGAGACGUCUGGAAAAAACUCUUGCAGAUCCUACCAUAUUUUUGCUCGCAACACUGAUGAGUUCAAUCGCCGAUACUUUGAUGACGUGUCCAAUUUCAUGAAAAAAAAACCAUGCUAUCAAGAUGCGACAGACCUGCGAGGAAAUAGAUACGCAGAGGAGUCACAGAGGAGAACCGCAACACAGGCAGUGGCACCGGUUAUGAAACGGUUGUAG